GGGGGAGGAGCAGAGAGAUGAUUCCUCUCCCUAAUCCUCUAGACACACGCUUGGUCUGGCUGCCUACUGGCUCAGAGAGAGAGACGGAGGCAGGUGGAGGGCGCAAGCAGAGAGAGAGAGUGAGAAACCAAGUAGGAAGGAAAAAACAAGAUGAAGGGAAGAGAGGAAAGGAGGGCUGCCUCUCGUCAACCACGCUGAGAGAAACACAGAGAGGGUGAGACAGAGAGAGAGGCAGCGAGGACAAGGGGAAACCAGCGACUCUCGCACGGUUUUCGAGCAGAGGGAAGGAGCAGGAGGAGGACGAGGAGGAGGGUGAUGCUUCAGUCCAGCGCUGUCUGAACCAAACCAGGAGAGAAGGAGAGGAGCAACAGAGAGGAGGAGAAAGAAUCCAUUGGAAAAAUAGCUGGAAGAGGAGACAGAGGGAAGGAAAGAGGAAGAAACAAAGAGGAUGGAGGAGCGGAGAACAAGCAGAGACACAGAUCCCUGGUUACUCAGGCUCACAUGAGUGUAUGGACCUGAGCCCGCCCAGAGUUACUACUGAUGCUGUCAAAGAACCAGUGUGUGAGGGCGGAGAGUUAGUGUGCGAGUGAUGGAUGUCUGUUUGCACAAACUACGGCUGCUCCUUGAAGCUCAGUAGAAGUAGAUGAGCGCUGGUGUCUAUGUGUGUUGGACCAGGUGUGUGUGUUUGUCAGUGUGAGACCAUAUGACAGACCAGCUGUUUAGGAGGUAAACAGGGUCAGCUGCACCCAGAGGAGGGGAACAAGCACGCUCAUCUGAGCAGGUGCAUAGACAAAGAAUUCCAUACUCUGAGAAACACGAGGGUGGGUUUGUGUACAGCUAGCGUAUAGACAAGCUUCAGUCCGACCAUCUCAGGUGCAGUUGGGGGCGUGUGUGCCUAAAAAAAGACAAAAGGCAGAUCACAGUAGCAACAAUAAGGUGCCACUGAGCUCCUUUAAGGUUGCUUUUGACUCCUCUUUUACACAAGCCACCUGAAGCCACUCCCUACCUCAUAUCAAUCCAACAAGUGGACUUGAAGACUCAGAGAACAGGGACUUUUAACACCAACACUGCCCUGCUGACUGGGAAGCCCCCCCACCUGAAUUUCUGUACCCAGUGGAUGCUUCCUAACUCCAACCAUGGGAGAAUGGACCAUCCUAGAGCGCCUCCUGGAGGCCGCCGUGCAGCAACACUCUACUAUGAUCGGAAGGAUCCUGCUUACAGUAGUGGUGAUCUUCCGUAUCCUGAUUGUGGCAAUCGUUGGUGAGACCGUGUACGAGGAUGAGCAGACCAUGUUCAUCUGCAACACCCUGCAGCCAGGCUGCAACCAGGCCUGCUACGACAAGGCCUUCCCCAUUUCCCACAUCCGCUACUGGGUCUUCCAGAUCAUACUGGUGUGCACGCCCAGCCUCUGCUUCAUCACCUACUCUGUCCACCAGUCAGCCAAGCAGAAAGACCGGCGUUACUCCUUUCUCUAUCCCAUAAUGGAGAGGGACUACGGGGGAAGGGACGGGGCUCGAAAGCUCCGCAACAUUAAUGGAAUUUUAGUUCAACAUGGCGGUGAUGGCGGAGGAGGGAAGGAAGAACCAGACUGCCUGGAGGUGAAGGAGAUCCCCAACGCUCCGCGGGGCCUCACCCACGGGAAGAGCUCCAAAGUUCGCCGUCAAGAAGGGAUCUCCCGCUUUUACAUCAUUCAGGUGGUGUUCAGAAACGCACUGGAGAUUGGCUUCUUGGCGGGCCAAUACUUCCUUUACGGCUUUAGUGUGCCUGGGAUUUUCGAGUGCGACCGCUACCCGUGUCUGAAGGAGGUGGAGUGCUAUGUGUCCCGCCCCACAGAAAAAACGGUUUUCCUGGUGUUCAUGUUUGCGGUCAGCGGCAUCUGCGUAGUUCUCAACUUGGCCGAGCUCAACCAUCUGGGCUGGCGCAAGAUCAAGGCCGCCAUCAGGGGCGUGCAGGCCCGCAGGAAGUCGAUCUGUGAGAUCAGGAAGAAGGACAUGGCGCAUCUGUCCCAGCCACCCAACCUGGGACGCACACAGUCCAGCGAAUCAGCCUAUGUCUGAUGAUGAAGAGCAGAAGAAGAGGAGGGGUGGGAUGAAUGUGCAAGAGAGAGAAUGAAUUAAUUAUUAUUUUAAUUUAAAAGAGAUGGUGUGGUGGUCAAACAAGAUGACCCCUCCUCUGCGAUGAUGGAAUGAAACAGAAUGUAAAAAGACCAAACCUCCGGCUCAGUCAAGAAAGAGUGAAGGAGAUCAUUAAAAAACAUAGAGGGUGAAAGAGGACAUAAAGUUCUGCAAAAGAACGUAAUGAACAUUUGGUCUCGUGGGAGGAUAUUCAACUGCCAUUUUAUACUUUUGUCUUUUUUUAAGUAAUUACCGUCUCCUCUGCUCCUCAUUUCUUUUAAAGAGAGGAAUUAAAUCCUCAAGAGGCUGGAGAAGGAAGGACUAGAAAUGAGAAGAAGAGGGGAAGAGAGAGGAGAACGGAUGAGAGGCUGUUUUGUAUUCUUUGGGGAUAUUGGAAGAUGACAAUGGUGUUUGAUGCAUCCCAUGGUGCUUUUCUUCUGGACUGUGUCAGCCUCGAUGAAAAAAUUGAGGACAGGAUAGGGGAUGGGACGGGGGAAGAUGAGCAGAAACAUUAAAAAAAAAGGAACGGAAGAACUGUCAAAGCCAUGACAGACUCUGGAGAACAAAGGUGAGUUUGUGAGUAGAGAGAGAGAGAGAAGGUAGGUGGGAGACAUCAUGCUCUGAAAAAAAAACAAGAUACACCCGAGGAGGGAGAGAAGAGAGGGAACGUUUUUCUUCCCUACGCCGGAGACUCGAGGUCGAGAAAAAGAUCUGCCUCUGAGCAGUGUCAACCUCGCCUCUGUUGGAACAUCGUCACAGGCCAAAACCAAGAGAAAAAGACUGACGAUGUUUAUGUUUUGUCUCUUGGCAAAAGAUGAUUUUAACACAAACACAGCGAGUACCAUAAACACUUUUUUUCUUUCCUCUCCCCUAUCUCUCGCUCUCUCUGCUCCGUGGUUGGCAGCUAUAUAGACCCCAGGGGCUUCGGAUGACAGUAAUGACCAUCGCUGCUCCCCUUCUGUGUAAACUUUGGAGAGGAACUAAUGAACAAAUGGACAAACAGAGUGUAAACGUCAGUCUCUCCUGAAGCACAAACCAAACUUCUCUCCUUCCAGCAUUCCAGUGUGCUGAGAGACGAAAGGAGAGACAAAGAGAGGAGAAGGCAGAAGAACAGGAGCUUGUAGAGGAGGGGAACAGAUCACUUUAUUACAACUUUAAACAAAUUUUUAUAAAAUAUACCACCAUGAGUUAUGAUUUUUUUUUCUUUUUGAGAAAGCGAUGGUGCCAUCCUUGAGAUAUUUAAUUAUUGUUGAAAAGUAACAUAGAGUAUAUCAUGGUAAUAUUAUUUAUCCAUUUAGAAUAUAUCCAAAUAGAUUUAUUUAUCUUUGCGGGCGGGUUGGUUGGGACAUCAUGUUGCUGUUUUUUCAAAUGUAUAAACUGUCUGUCUUUUUUCAUUUUUGUUUAGUUUAAAGCAUUUCUAACGGAUGGAACUGAUAAAUGACAUGUAUGGGGAGGGAAGGGAUAAGUUUGUGAGCUUUGUUUUGAAACGCAUUGAAGCUGUGCAGCUGAUUGUAUUGGAGUUGGAACUGUUGAAUAAAAUCUAUAUUUUACAAUUGUUACUUAAUUGCAUUCAAAAGUCAGAACAAUGCAGCUGUUAAACACAACAUCUUUACGUCUUUUCUACAGCGAGUCUUGGUUUUCUUCAAAAUCACCUGCACAGCUUCAGGCAGUUGAGGCCUGUGAGCCAUUUGAAAAAGGCAUGUUUACAUGACGCAGUGUUUUUUGAAUGAUCAAGCUAUGUAACCGAUGAGUAGUAACUCUCUAGGGACAGUUGUGUUUUUGAAUCUCAGUGGUUUUCAUUUUGCAUUUCUUUCCUGACUGGAUUUCAACAUGCAUGCCUUGUAAGAGAAAAGACUGACACGAAAGAAAAAGAUAAAGAUGACAGAGAGUGUUGCACCUUGAUUAAUGCAGGCGAGUGGGAGAGUGGCAGACUGAAGGAACGCAUGUUGGAUUAAAGGCUGCGUUGCUGGACACACUGACACAUACACAAGUGCAUAAUUUAAAACAGGGAGCUAUCGCACUGCGAGCCUGUGAAACCAGACAUAGGGACAGUUCAGUGGACUACAUGUGGCUUCUUUUAAAAGAAAAUUGAAUUAUUUAACUGACAGAAAAACACACACAGAAACACAUUGGAGGAACAUGAUGUACUCCUCUGUGUGGUGGAUGCUUGGGUAACUGAGACAAGCCAACCCAUGCACAAAGCAGUUCAUGUUUCAACUGAAAUUUAAAUCAGUUCCUGUUUAUUUAUCCUAUUGUAGAGACCAAGAUAUUGGAGUGUUUGCAGGUACAGUGACAAUCAGCUAAUUGAGGAAAAAUCCACAAAUGCUUCUUAAACCCGUCCUCAACAUACUGCAGAAGAUCAGUGGUCAGUGCUUUAGCCCUGGCAUUGAGGCGUGUCAACAGAGAAUCUUGAAUCUGAAUGGCCUUAUGUAGCUCAACACUGUAGUAGCUUAGCACUGCCACGCUUACAAAUACACACGCACCAAAAAACGCAAAUUAAAAUAUGAUGAACAUUUUAAGUGCAGCUUUAACUUGUUCACUAGAGCUGCUCUGGAAAUACUUUGACACAACAUGACAGUAAGUGAUACUGUGUAAGCCCCUUUAAAACACACGUUAGCCAAGGCUCUUGGAGGUCUUUGAGCAACAACAGCAGCUAAUGUAGAAGAAGAAAUCCCCCCCAACUCUCUGUUUCUCCAUUCACUCCCACUGCCAUAAUCUCUGUGACUCUUACAGGUGAUUAUCCCCAGAUUUAGACUCCACUGAGGAUCUCUAUGGCGCUCAGUGGGGUCGGUGCAGACUACUGUAUGCACUGGGAAGGACAAAUACACUGACAGGAAACGCCAGAAUGCCUAAUAAUAGAGGUUGAGUCAUGGCUUCCCUUAGUUACUGAGACCCCGUGCUUAUUGCGAAGACUUAAUUGCUGACCUGGAGCUUAAAGGACAAGCCGAUGUCCUGUACUAUCAGCAGCUCCUGCUGGACAGUCACUGCAGGAUAGCACGGAUCUAAUCUCCGCAGAGCACAGGUCAAUGCUAGUGUGAGGCCUAUUUUCCGUGAAUAGUGAGAUACAAACAGGCUGAACAUACAUUCAUUCUAGGAAAAAAAGCAAAUGUGACUGUGAGAACAGCAGUUUGAGUUCCUUUUCCUCCUCCUGGAUUCUGUUGUUAUGUCUGGUUUCAUUCAGAUCAGUAAAACGUACACACACAAUGCGAGGACGGAGAGGGCCAUAAAUGUGUCCUGGUUUGCUUUGGCUAACAUUUAUCCAGCAUUCAUUAGUGAUUCACGACGUAUACAGUCAGUCGGUACAUCACUUUUUCAAGUAAAAGCAGGCCCCAGUUCUUCCAACAGUCCACUACUCCCCACAGUCUACUUUUCUAUUUGUCAAUGUGAAAUGAAUUAUGCAACUUAUUUUUUUCUCAUUUGCUUAUCUUUUUGACUUGUGGAUUCAUUUUGUUGUCUGUUGCUCUUUUUGUGCAGUGACAUAUCAAAAAAAGAAAGAUGUUUUUUCUAUGUAAAGGAACAAAAAGUUUUUUUUUUUUUUUCAAUGUGUAAAAUCAAGGGUAGAAUGUUGAAAUAUAAGACUAGCAGAAAAAAAUAUAUUUCCUCCCUUGCCAAAGUGAUAUGCAAAAUUAAUUUUCAAAGAUUUUUUAACUGCAUGUGUAAUGGCUAGAAUAAGCAUGUUUCUAUGUUUUCUUCAACAGAAUCUUUAAAGAAAGACUUUUUUUAGUCCAAACUAUGGAGCGAAGCUAUUACGUCUUGAUGCCAAGUGUAUAUUAAUUACCCAGUUGUUCAGACAGUACAGAGCCAGGCAGACAAUACCAACUCAGUGAUGUUAAAACUUCCUAUUACAGCGUAUCAGUCUCAGUUUCACCUCCCAAAAGAAUCUGAAAACCACUACAUACAGUGAAUCUUCUACUUUAAGAAAUUUGCACUUGAAUAUAUACCUUUAUAAUCUAUUAUAGAAGAUGUUUUGAAUCUAUAAGCAAAUCAACAAGCAAACGAUCUACUGUAAAACACAGGGUACACAGGAAUAUAAGCAUACAGGUUAAAGACUGGCACCAUGAGAUGCCAGACGCCACAACAUUCCAGGGUUUAGCCCCCAGCACAAUGUGUAAUUAACCUGCAAUUUACAGCCUCUUUAAUGUGUUAAAUAUGAUUAACUCCUCAGUGAAGCUCCUUAUGGACAACUUAUUGGGGUACAGUACACUGACAGCAGACUCAGGAAAGAAAACAAUGCUGAUCUUUUACACCAAUCUUUUCUAGUAAAAAUGCUGUUUCUACACACAAAACACACAAAAUCGCUUUUAUAGAAAUGGCAUUACAACAUGUCAGCAUACUUUCCAUUUACCAUCUUACCUUGUACUGUAAAGCCCACCCAAGAAAAUUGUCUUCAAGUCUGAUUAUUUACCCGUUGGUGCUAUUGAGGUUGGACUCUUUACCAAAAACGUGAAUUCUGAUACAUUCCCUUGUCUUCAGCACACUACUGCCCCACAUACAACAGGUCAUGUAGCAAUGCAGGUCUCUUUAAAAAUCAAGCUCUUACUCCUGACUGUUACUAACAAAUGGACAUGUCCGCAAAAUCCUACAGCAUGCGACUCUCCACAACCUCUAUACUGCAGAACAGUAGCAAACAAUUCGAUCCCUCAGGAAUGCAGCAUGUGAUUGAGCUGUUUCAUUCAUUAACACAGAGCUCACUGAACUACCACAUUAUUCUUUAUACUGCUGCCUAAAGGACCUUAAAUGAAUUUAGUAAUCACAUUAUGUAGCCAAUCCUAAGGGCUGGUUGGUGUCCCUUGAAUAAGUUACGGAAGCACCUCUCUUUUUCGUUAAAGGGCUUCUUACUUAUGACAAACUGAAAAGCCAUAGAUUUAAAAGAAGAAAGAGAUUUCAAACUUUACUUGGUGCAUUAGUUUGAAAGAAUACAACGUGCACUCCUGGGCCAAGAUUAAUCACGUUCAUGUGUAGUCAAUUAGGCGAUCAUUUUUGCAUUCAAAUUGAAAAUUAGACAUCUUGUUUCAAGUGAAAAGCUUUUUACUCUUUUUAAUUGAAUGAGAAAAAUGUAAGUUAUAAAGCUCCUUUUAUCCAGAUGUCUGCUUUAAUUUUCAUUUCAUUCUAAAAUAAAAUGCUCCCUCCUCCCCCCUCCAGCACUGUCUGAUACUGGUGCUGCUGUCCUGCGGGCUGGAUUAUAACCAUUUCAGGGUUCAGAGAAGGACCUCUCAACCUCUCACUAAUCUGUCAUGAUAUCAAUCGUGAUUACUUCAUCUAAUUACACUGAGUGGCAGAUACAGGCAGAGUGGAAUUUAAACCACUUCCGGAUUUGACCAAAUACCCCCCACCCGUGCAUCGCUCUGCAAUCACCUACUGGCAGCAGGUUUGUGGGCGUGAGAUUAUGACCUGAGAUAGCUCCAGUUUGUGUCUUUAAAAUUCAUCAUUGCCAGACUGUUGAUUCAUUUAAAUUGAACUGGAAAAGGGGUGGUCAUGAACAAGUGAGACAGAGGAAGAGAAUACUUAUGGUUUGCCUCUCACCUUUCCACUUCUCCCCCAGCACCUCAUGGGCAGGCACCAGGUCACCUUUACUUCAAGAUGUGUUUCUGUAAACAGUGUGAGAAGCUAAAUGUUACAGUGAGAGGGGUGAAACCUGAAUGGUGUCAGAGGAGUGGGGGAGCAACGUCAAAUUUAGCCAAUAUUUGGCAUCCUAUAGUGGUAAUCAAUAUUUAAAGGGUUAGAAAGGGAAAACAAUUCAGUAUCUUAGUCCUAGAAACUUGUCAUUCUUCAGCAUAGCUUCUACUGUGACAUCUGUAUGGAUGUGAAAGCAUGGACUGAAAACAGGAACGAUGAAACAAACACGCAAACACACUUCACUCUUUGUAAACUAAAAAUCUGUUGUUUCCGACUGCAGAUUUUAUGAUGUACCUGACGGACCUUCGUUGAAGGUUCACUGUAUAUUUCUGACUGGUGUACUGUAUGUAAAGACUGAAUAAAACCUUGAAUGUUACAUCAAGCCUGAA